AUGAACAUCUCCAUCAACGCUGAAAGUGUUGCCUAUCUCAACGGCAAUGUCUACACUGUCGACACAAGUCAGCCAUGGGUCGAAGCCUUCAUUGUCACCCCCAAAGCCAAGUUCGCAGCCAUCGGGUCGACUAUUGAUAUCGCUCAGCUGGCCAAGUCUUCACAGCUCAUCACUGUCGACUUGAAUGGCUCGUUUGUGAUGCCUGGCGUCCAUGACAGCCAUGUGCAUACAUUCCAUUCGGGUCUGCAUCUGCUAAGCGAUGUCAUGAUGGACUACUCCACUAACAGCAGCAACCUGCAACCAAGGAUGCAAGAAGGGUUUGGCGCUUGUGCUUUCCACAACACGUACUCCGACUGGAUCAUUGGCGUCUUGAACGAGGUUGAGGACUACGAUCGAGAAUUGAUUGACCAGGAUUGGCCGAAUAAUCCUGUCCUCAUACACGCCGGUGGCGGCCACCUCAAAUACCUCAACACGCUCGGUCUGGAGAGAGCAGGAUUUGAUAUCACGUCGGAGCCAGAUGCAGAUCGACGAGACUUUCUCCGCAGACCGGACGGUUCUCUGAGCGGUGCCGUGGGUGGGCAGAGCGCUAUGGGUCAGGCAAAUAUGGCUGUUACGCGACCGACUGUCACCCAUGUGAAGAGAGCGCUGAAGCGAGCCUCAAUGGAGCUGCACCGGAAUGGGAUAACUUCAGUUCAAGAGGCUGCUUCCGGUAGGCUCUUCCUUGAGGCUCUACAAAGCCUUGACAUGGAAGGAGAGCUCAAAAUGGAAUAUGCAACGCAUAUCCUGUAUAGAAACGAAUGGCUUACCGGAGAGAUGCGCGAGAACGGGGAUGAGAUUAUUUCCAUGGCCCGCGAGUACGCUAGUCAGCAUGUUGACACGCGGUUCGUUAAGAUCAUGAUGGAUGGCAACCCCAUCGUUCCUUCGCCCACGGUGUCCAACCUCGACGAGCGCGGCGACAUCGAUAUGGCGCAUAUCCUGGAAAAGAACAUUGGAUCAAACUUACAAAAGUGGGAUGCGGCGGGCUUGACCUGCAAAAUCCAUGCCGCCGGUUCUGGUGCCGUAAGACAAGCAUUGAACAAUAUCGCCGCUUUACGAGAAAGCAAUCCAAGUGGUCCGCGUCACGAAAUCGCCCACUGCGUUUCAGUUGAUCAAGCUGACAUACCCCGUUUCCGUGAGUUCAACAUCACAGCCGAGAUGUCACCCGCCAUGCAUUUCAAAACCAACUUUCCUCCUCCUAACCUGGGUUUCAACUUCUCCGGCAUGCUGGCAGCGCAAAACCUCGUCACGAUUGGCAGUGAUUGGGCUUUUGGCAUGAGUUUGCCUCUUUUUCCCUCGGUUUCGCAUCUAGUUGAGGAGAUCGGAGCCGAUCGUCUUAUCGAGAUGCUAACUAUCAAUGGUGCGAGGUCUGUUGCGAAAGACAUGGAAUAUGGUACUAUUACCGUCGGUAAGACGGCUAGUUUCAUCGCUGUUGAUCGAGAUCUUACGAAGGGGGAUUUUGAACAUGCUACUGUUACAAAAACUUGGUUUGAGGGUGAGCUGGUCUUCGAUGUGACCGGAGAUCAGAUCUAG